AUGCUCUUCAGGACAACUUCCGGGAGGGGCGCCAUGGCUUCCAGGGAGGAGGUACUCGCCUUGCAGGCUCAAGUUGCCCAGCGCGAGGAGGAGCUGAGUUUCCUGAAGCAGAAGCUGGCGGCGGCUGUUUUGGCGGAGCAGGAGCCAGAGCGGCUGGUUUCGGUAUCACCCCUGCCGCCGAAGGCCUCCCUGUCUCGAGAUGAGAUUUUGCGCUAUAGCCGGCAGUUGGUGCUUCCUGAGCUGGGCGUGCAGGGACAGCUGCGCCUGGCCGCUGCAUCGGUGCUAGUAGUGGGCUGCGGUGGGCUCGGCUGCCCGCUGGCGCAGUACCUGGCAGCGGCCGGCGUAGGCCGCCUUGGCCUUGUGGACUACGACGUAGUAGAAAUGAGCAACUUGGCCCGCCAGGUGCUGCAUGGCGAGGCACUGGCCGGGCAGGCCAAGGUCUUUUCGGCCGCCGCCUCGCUGCGCCGCCUCAAUUCGGCGGUGGAGUGCGUGCCUUAUGCGGAGGCGCUUACGCCAGCCACGGCGCUAGACUUAGUCCGCCGCUAUGACGUGGUGGCUGACUGCUCUGACAACGUGCCCACUCGCUACCUGGUUAACGACGCAUGUGUGCUAGCCGGCCGGCCUCUCGUGUCAGCCAGCGCCCUGCGCUUUGAGGGCCAAAUCACGGUCUACCACUAUGACGGCGGGCCUUGCUACCGCUGCGUAUUCCCUCAGCCACCUCCAGCGGAGACAGUGACCAACUGCGCGGAUGGCGGGGUGCUCGGUGUCGUAACCGGGGUCCUGGGCUGCUUGCAGGCGCUGGAAGUGUUGAAGAUCGCAGCAGGCCUGGGCCCGUCUUACAGCGGUAGCCUGUUGAUCUUUGAUGCGCUCAGAGGACAUUUUCGUUGUAUUCAGCUUCGGGGCCGCAGGCCUGACUGUGCAGCUUGUGGGGAGCGGCCCACAGUGACUGCCCUGGAGGACUACGAAGCCUUCUGUGGCUCCUCAGCCACUGAUAAGUGCCGCUCUCUGCGGUUGCUGAGCCCAGAGGAGCGAGUUUCGGUCACCGACUAUAAGCGACUUCUGGAUUCCGGCUCACCCCACCUGUUGCUGGACGUUAGGCCUCAAGUGGAGGUGGACAUCUGUCGUUUGCCUCAUGCCUUACACAUCCCUUUGAAACGUUUGGAACGGAGGGAUGCAGAGAGCCUGGAACUCUUAGGAGAAGCUAUCCGGGAAGGGAAGCAGGGCACACAGGAAGGGGCAGCUUUCCCGGUUUAUGUGAUUUGCAAACUGGGCAAUGACUCCCAGAAAGCCGUGAAGAUCCUGCAGUCCUUGACAGCAGUCCAGGAGUUAGAAUCGUUCACAGUUCAAGAUGUUGUGGGGGGCCUUAUGGCCUGGGCUGCCAAAAUCGAUGGAACAUUUCCGCAGUACUGAGGUGGAUGGGAGAGUCUGACCUGAGGAAGAUGGCUGGGUUACCCAAAAGAUACAUUUAUUUGCAUUUUUUUUUUCAGGAACGUAUGGAAGAGCCUGAAUACCUCAACUCCUUUAUAUAAGGGGCUUUGUUGUCGUAACGUAUUGGAUGCUGUCGUUUUCAGUUAUAUUACCGUUUCUGAGAUCUGUCUUGUGUUUUUAGCACUCGGAUGAGGUCUUGAACGUGUGAGUUAUAAUGUUAAGUGACAGGGUUUUGCGUUUUGAUAGAUCGUGUGUCCUUUUUUGUCCACCUCCCUCAAUCAAACAGUACUUUAAAUCGUCCGUUUUGAUGCUUGGAAAAGUGUUGUAAACGUAGUUUUACUAAAUUGAUCACAGAUGAUAUACUUAAGGUCAGUUUAAUGUUUGCUAAGACAUUGUUUGGGUCUUUUUUCUACUUCAAAGGAUAGACUAUAUUGCUACCGAAGUAAGUGUUUAAAAUGUAAGUUGUUUUAAUUAUGUGGGGAAGGGUCAUUCUAUGAAACAUUUUGGAUUAAUAUCAAAGUGAGAUAUUUGUAGUUUAGCAAGAUAAAACUUUGUAGUCUGUCAGUUUCUCUUACAAAUUGAUGAUUUAGAAAAAAUGUUUCUUAUAGUGUUGUAUACAUGAUAUACUGCGGUUUGGCUUGCUUUGAUGUCUUCAAGCUUAAGUCCCAACCUUCUGCCCUCCCCUGCCCUUUUUUCCUUAUCCAACCUGUUAUGUUUCUUUCUUGCUUUACUGGCCAAGGACCCCAAAUACAAUACUGAAUUAAAGUGGAAUAGGGAGCAUUCUUACCUCCUUCACAAUCAGGUGAAAAACUUGACUAUUUGACCAGUAUUACUUGUUAUUGCUUUACCAGAGAUUCCCUUUAUCAGAUUAAAGAAUUUUCCUUCCGUGUAUAGUUUGCUAAGCUUUGGUUGAAUUCGUCAAGUGCUUUUUCUGCAUUAUUAUGUGCUGCUUUUUUUUCACUUCGGUUAAUGCAGUAAACUACAUUGAUUCUUUCUAUGGUGGCAAAACACACACACACACACACACACAAACACAGUUUACCCCUCAAUAACUUUCAGGCAUACAAUACAGUAUUGUCAACCACAUGCACACGCUGUGCAAUAGAUCCCGGAGCCCCCAUCCCACAUGGCUGAAACACCCACCAAACAGCUCCCCACUUCUCCCCUUCAAUUUACUCUUUCUACUUUGAUUUAAUCUAUUUUAUUCCAGGAUUUUAUGGCAGUACAAAUUGUAGGUGCUUUUAUGUUUACUUACUAAACAACAUUUUCAUGAGAUGGAAGGUAGUCUGCCUAACUUCUAAAUACGUACAAAAUUAAAAGCAAAGAUUUGGUGAGUAUCUGGGGCAAAUUGAGUACAUGCCAUGUCAAAAGAGCCUCCACUCUCCAGCUGAUUGUUGCCUGCCAAUCUAUAAUUCUCAGAAAUCACAGAUGUGUGGAAUCUUUGUAUCUCUGGCUACAAUAUAUAUACAUAGAAUAUAUACAGUAUAUAUACAAAGUUUAUGUGGGCCAGACAAAACCUUCUGCAGGUCAGAUUUACUCAGCAGUCUGCAAUCUCUGAUAUAGACUCUUAGUUUAUCAUAAAAGGAUGGUAUUAUUUACCAAAUGCAAAAUUAGGAUAGCCCUUAACUUUUUAACCGUGAAAUACGGUAACCCAGGUUACAGGAGCAGGUUUCUUGUGCUUUUUCCCCAAGGAGUUGUGGAAAUGAAUGACUGAGGCCAGGAGAAGAGAACAGAGAUAGCAGGCCUGUGUCUCAGCUUCUUGCUUCCAGGACAAAAGCUGCUUCUGAUCCAUAUUAAACAAUAAAGUGGACGUAGGAACUCUUUGA